AUGCCACUUCCAAAGUACACGAUCCAACCCACGCGGAUAAGUCUUGUCACGAUGCCAGACAAGAUUGACAACGAGCUGGAAUACGUAUCAAACGAGACCCUCUGCAAUCUGAUGCACCAAAUGGCAUCAGUUGCGUCUGUGGCCUCGGAGAUAUUUGAAGAGCUCUCUGCCGACCUGAGCUCUAUCUCUGCGCGUAUGAACCGCGUCGAACAACGCGUGGCAGCCAUUUCCACGACCAUUAAAUCUCUCCCCACGAGCGUGGAAGUGUUGUCUGUUGGACUGCAGAAUCUGUCAGCUCCUGUUUCUGGUGUACGUGAGCAGGAGUUGGACAGCCAAGUUCUCCAUCGCAGCACAAAGCCAGCUUGCAUGCAAGCGCAGUACGAACGGGCUGAGCCCUCGCCUCCACUCCACGUGAUGGAUCCACUCCGCGAUGAUGGCAAAACCACGGCACGCCUCUACUCCGACCCUCGGUUCUUCUUCGACCUCUGGCGCAAAGAGAUGCUGGAAGAUGUCUUCGUUGGCGGUGGUGCUGGUGGCGGCGGAAAGGGUGGCAAAAGGACUCCCAAGAAAAAGCGUCCCAAACCCAAGUCGAAACCGCCGUCUGCGCCGGGUGUGGGCGAGCAGCCACGUCCGGCCACUCCACCGAUUGUGAGUCCACCUGCUUCGGUGUACAGUCAAGGCGGCGGCUGUGGUGGUGGCGCAGAUGGCGGAGGUGGAGCGUCUGCUGAACCUGGUGGUUCGGCAGCAGCUUCGCUACCUCCUCCACCGCCCCCGCCGACAGCUGGUUCGGAGUACGGCGAUCCCGAAGAGGCGCUCACGCAUCCCAGCGAGUGGGUUGGUGGGGUUGCACGCUCCACACCCUUCCCAUACCACCGCCCCGUUGCCUCGCAGCCUGAUGGUGGCCUUCUUGGCAGUUCGUGUGAAUCACCUCCGCCACCACCACCGCCGCCGCCACCUCUGAUGGAUCUGUCGGCUUCUUCCGUCGGUUGUGGCAGUGCCGGCGGUGGAGCCCUCUCUGUCGAACCCAUUCACAGUCUCCCUCCGUACGCACCGUCCAUGUCGCCGCAACUGUCUGGAAGUAGGGACGCUCUGAACGCGAGCGGCGACCUCUUGCCACCGCCGCCUGCCAUGAUGUCGACCAGCUCCGACAACCUCUUGCUCUCGACCUCGUUCCACUCGGAGCACCCACCGCCACCACCACCGCCUCCUCCUCCUCCGCCACCGCCACCUCCUCCACCACCAAUGGCCGAGCCGACACUGACGACGGCGACCAAAACCAUGUCCGGUCUGCCUGGGCCACCGCGCGACCUUCUCUCUGACAUCCGAGCCGGAGGUUUCCGCUUGAAGAAGGUUAGCGAGCGGGAGUUGCCGUCACGGGUUGCAGCCAAAGACUCCAUUGUCAGUCGUGUCUGCGAUGUCUCCGCAAUCUUCGAGAUGGUUAGUCGACGGCGUCAGUGUCUGGAGAAUACCUCUGAAGAUGACGACGACAAGACGAGCGACUCCUGCGGAUGGGAGGACUAG